AAGAACAAUAAAGACGACUGCUUCGCACGAGCCGAGCGCAUCGAUGCCGCGCGCUACGUUUCGCCUGUGAUUGAAGUGUCGCUGCUGGAUAAAUAAAUUCAUCAUCGCUGCGGUGUGACAAGGUGAAUCCAUGCCGGGUGUACUCGAAGGUUUCCCGGCAGGAGGAGAGAUGUGACGGUGUGUCCGGGCGGUCUGCUCUCCGGCGCGUUAUUGCUUCGGACAUCCUGUCCAAAACCAGACUUGCACCCCCCCCUCGUCUUACCCCAGAGACCUUCACGUAAGUAAGUAAUAAUGGAAGACAAACGCAAGAAGCGCAGCCCAAAGGUGUCUCUCCCCCAACCUCCUCCUCCACCCAUCAACCCCCGCAAACUCUCCGUCCUGCCUGCCAGCAAAAGUGCUACCUUCUCCCUCGGACUGCCGCAGCCUCCCUCCCCCAAGAACAGAGGCAAGUAUAAGAGGUCGAUAGGAGCGCCAGGACAGCCCAAAGAGGUGUUCGCAGCCGUCGUAGCUCCACCAAAGACCACCAGACCCCACAAAGAGAAACCCAGGGCCCCCCAGCCAGCAGGGCCCAGUAAAGUAGUCCAGUCUUCCCCCCUGCAGCACUCGUUUCUCACAGACGUCUCGGACGUGAGAGAGAUGGAGGGAGGCCUCCUCAACCUCCUCAACGACUUCCACUCAGGCAAACUACAGGCUUUCGGUAAGGUGUGCUCCUUCGAGCAGCUGGAACAUGUGCGUGAGAUGCAGGAGAAGCUGGCCCGACUCCACUUCAGCCUAGACAGCCACGUGGAGGAGCUUUCAGAGGACCAGAGGAAGUGUGCCUCCGACCACAACCUGGAGCACUUGCUCUGUAAUCUGGAGGAGCUCAGCACCUCCAUACAAAAGCUUCAUUUGGCUGAGAACCAGGACCUGCCCAAGACAUCUGGUCCCUGACAAAGUGAGGUGCUGAGGACGGCGACCGCACACUCAUCUUCUCCCAACAUCUAACCAGUCCAGGUUGCCAUGGCAUUGAUCCAGCUGCCUUAGUAACAGAAUGGAAAGAUCCACAGGAGGAGGGGCGGAUUUUUUUAUUUUUUUUUUCCAUUGGCUCUGUGAAGCCGAGGGAACAAUACAGUGACUCAAAGCAGCAGAGCAUUAAAUGAACACUCAACCAAAAUCAUAAACCCCUCAUUCACGGCACAAGAAAUGAUCCGAGGGUUUACCGAACAGUUACGCGUUGUUUUAAAGUCAGUCAGCAUGUUCCUGGCAUCAGCUAACUAGUCUCCAGUUAUUUAUUACAUCACUUGGAAACAAAUAACUGAAUCCAGGUGUAAAUAUCUGUGUUUUCCACCACAAAAAGCACAUCCGAAUCAUUUCAUAUUAGGUCUUGCCUUUUGCAUCAUUUCUAAAUAUAUUUGUCUGUUAGCAAACGUAAGAAAUUUGAGCCAUACUUGAGUAGCAAACAUAUUUGGCCCUUGUUGACGAUGACACUGUGGUUAGUGCAGAACUUUAAAGGGAGUUUCCACUUUUGCUAUUAUCCUGAAUACACUCCCUCGGAUUUUAUAUCUUUGCUUUUAAGGUUUAAUACUGGAAAAGAGAGUGGAUUUGAUAAAAGCAGAGUGAUCCUUUGUUAUAACUGUGUAUUUUAAAAGGGACUAUGUGAGGAGACCUUAUUGUAUGUUUGAUUAACUCAACAUAUAUAAAUGUUUAUGUUUUUGCCAAUGUGCAGCCCAGCUACUGUAUCUGCUGACACUGAUGGUCUAAAAUAACUUGAAUUGGGAGUAUGUUGUCAGUGCUUUGCCUUUAGGCUUUGUUUUUGUGAAUGAUGACCUGUAGCAGCAUCCCUCCAAGCACAAGCUACUCCACCCUGCCACUGAAAUGCUGUAAAAUCACCUUACUGUAACAUGGAGGUCAACAUGGAGGACCUCUGUCCAGUCUGACGUUCAUUUGUCUCCCAUUGCACUGUGUUGGACAGCACAUUUACUGAGUAAUGCAGCUGGCAUAAAUUUCUGUACAGUAAAAUUUCAAAACGGCAGCUACUUUCAUAGUUCAAAGGUUCAGGGCUGAGAUUAUGAUUUGCGUUGGCAGCGAUGCACCUUGGCCAUAAUACUUAAUCCAAUUAAAGCCAAUUGAAGGGAUAUUAGUGAUCAAUCUGAAGCAUCAGAGCAUGAUGUAUUGGAAAGGCUUUUUUACUGCUUGCUGAGCCUACCUCUUUUCUACGGCAUACAUGUCUCAUUCUGGUUACCAUCACAGUGGGGCUGCAAAACUAACCGUUUUUACCAUCAUCAUUAAUCUGAUUUCCUCAAUUAAUUAUUCAUAUAUUUAUGGUUUGAUCUAAUAAACAUCAGACAAUAUUUAAAAAAUGUUUAUCAGUUUCCCCAGAGUUCAAAGUGAUGUAAAUGUUUUGUUCUAUCCGAACCCAAAGAUAUUCAGUCUACAAUGACAGAAAACAAAAAAAAUCUGAUGCUGUAUCUAGUGUGAGAUGCCCGAUAAGACCCCGAUUUUAAAUAACUGAUUGAUCAUCAAAAUAGUUGAUCAGUCUUGUCGUUUGAUUGUCGCAGCUCUACUUCACAGUCGGCUAGUUUCUGUUAUUUUACAUAUUAAGAGGGGCAAUUUACCAGAAGACUGGUUAGCAUUAGUUUUACAUGUGAAAUAGUCAACAUGACAGAAAACUUCAUUUCAAGAAUCUCAUGUGUAUGCAGGAACUGUAUCCGUUAAUAAAAGAUAAAUUAAAUUACUUAUUGCAUUUAUCGUGUGUUUCUUGAUUAGAAUUUCACCUUUUAUUUUGAAAGCAGCAAAAUGUUACUGUCACAGUUUAGACAUUAAUAGCAGUGCUCAAUUCCCUUUUACCCCACUUCCAAUCCCAAUCUGAAUGAGGCACCUGGAAGUUAAGUUUUACAGAAAUAAAACACUUUAUUUAUAUAUAUCAAUCUGUCUUUGCUCUUGUUCACAAACAAGUUCAAUAUAAUUUAACAAUAUAUGAGUUAAAAGGCUACUUGAAGACUGGCACUAUACUCAGACACAAUCAGAUCUGGGCCUUCACUGUUUCUCAGGCAACUGCUGGAGUAAAGCUGAACUCCUCUUUCCUUUUCACGCUGUCCUCAUCCGGGAGAAUUGGUGCAAACCCGACAUUGAUCUAGGCAUCAGUGUACAUAUAUAUCUCCUUUACAAAAAUAUACACAAUUUUGAUCCUGCCAGUAAAUUUUGGUCAUGCAAAAAAGAGGGAAAAAAAAGACAGACGAUACCAACUCAGCACAUCAUUAACAGGACUUUUUAAACCGUUACACAAUAGAUAAAUUAUAAACUGUACCAUCAUACAGCAUACCAUUACAGAUUAAGCUAAUACUGUGCAAAUACACAUUUGAGCUGUACAAAAGUAUUUUGUACUAUUCUUGUUAAUCUCAAUUCACAACUUUUCAAAACAACUACAGACAUUUUUAAAAAUAUCACAAUACAUUUGAUGAAACAGCAAAAAUAUACACCUUUCAGAUCCCUGUACUCCUCCUCCUCCUUCUCGUCUUCUUUUUGUGCAUUUCAGUUUUACAUUCUGUAAUAGUGUCUCUGAUUUGUCUACAGUACAUGUUUAGAUGAAAAAAAAAAAAA